AUGGCUGAGAAGAAAACUGUAAUGGUGCUGAAAGUUGAUCUCCAAUGUCCAUGCUGCUACAAGAAGAUCCAGAAAAUUCUCUGCAAGACUCCUCAAAUUAGCGACAGGUAUUUUGAUGAGAAGGCAAAUACAGUGAUGAUCACUGUAGUAUGCUGCAGCCCUGAGAAGAUUCGUGACAAAUUGAUCUGCAAGGGUGGCAAGAUUAUCAAAAGCAUCGAAAUCAAAGAGCCUCCCAAGCCGAAGGACAAUAAGCCAAAGGAGGAUCCAAAACCGAAACCGGCGGAACAGAAGCCGAAGGAGGCCGAGAAACCAAAAGACGAAAAGCCGAAGGAGGCCGAGAAACCAAAACCAGAAGGAGCUGCCAAACCCAAAUCAAACGGCAAGGGAAAUGCACCACCACAAGCGGCGGCGGAGAAGCCCAAAGAUAAGCCAGCACCAGCUCCAGCACCAGCUCCAGCUCCAGCACCAGCACCAGCACCAGCACCUGCACCUGCACCAGCACCUGCACCUGCACCUAUCCCAGUAGGAUUGCCGCCGGCUAAUCCAGUCAAUCCUUGUUGUGGGCCAUGCUACCAAGGUUACGGCGGCGGACCAUGCUACCAAGGCUAUGGAUUUCCGCCGCCGCCCCCACAGCCGUGCUACGACGGCAACUAUGGACCUGGAUAUGUAUAUGGCAGGCCUUGCCAUGUUUCAAGGUGCGAUUACUUCAGUGAAGAGAACUCUACAGGGUGCACAAUUAUGUAA